AUGUGUGCUUUUUGUCGAAUUAUCGUUGCAUUACUCUUUCCUGUUGCAGCCUUGAGCUUUACAAUAGUAGCAGCUAGUGGUGGUGCGAUCCGAACUGGCCAGCUAUUUCUCAAUGGUGACGUAUUGCAGCCAAGUUCUUUACUUGGAAAAGUAGCGGUGUGUGGAGCAACUGGGAGGACUGGGAAACUUGUGGUUAGCGAACUAGUCGAUCGUGGAAUUGAUGUUGUGGCCGUUGUUCGAAAUGCUGAAAAAGCAGAGAGUGAGCUAUCGCUUCAAGACCCUAAAGUCAUAGUCGUAAAGUGUGAUCUAUCGUCGGAAAAGGAUAUCGCCACAUCGAUACAAGGUUGUGACUCUGUUGUUUGGUGUGCCACUGGAUUUUCCGAUGCUGAGACCGGAUUUAUCCAAAAAUUGAAAAGCCUGUUUGGAAUUGCCUUGGCACCAAAGAAGUCUAUCGAUUCUAUUGGGAUCCCAACAAUUGCCAAAUCCAUGUUAAAAGCUUCGAAAAAUGCUGAGUAUUCCGAAACUCCUAGGGUUAUCAUGCUGAGCAGUGCUGGGGUAACAAGGCCAAGCUGGAGCGACGAGAAGAAGACAAGAUUCGCGGGGUGUGCCGAUAUUCCAAUCGUUAGGCUCAAUCCGUUCGGAGUCCUAGAUGUCAAGGCUGACUCGGAAAUCAAGCUGCGAGAAUCAGGCGUGAGUUAUUGUAUUGUCAGACCCUGUGGACUAAAUGACGACUGGCCAUCGGGUUGUCGUCCCGUGUUCAGCCAAGGUGACGUUGCUGUUGGCCGCAUCAAUCGUAAAGAUGUCGCGAGGAUUCUUGUUGACGUAGCAAGUUCUCCGGAAGCGUGUGGAAAGACUUUCGAGCUAUUCAGUCUCAAUGGAUAUGCUCCGCCGACCAGUACCGUUCCGCUGCUUGAUAAAUUAAGGAGCGACAGAGAAGGCCUAUCAGAAGAUGUUGUCGAGAACACAUACAACUUGGUCCAACAGCUUCUUCCCGGUGAGCAACAAGAUUCAGCAUCACUGGCGAUGGGUCAAACCUAUGAACAGUAUGAUGAAGGCGAAACGGGACGCUUAGGUGAGCGAGGAACUGAGGAUAUUGAACAGGCUGGGAUCAAGCCAACAACGAGUUAG